CUUCGACUCCGUUGUUCAUCCCCUCGCUUAUCUUUGACACACCCUCUUUUUUCUAUUUUUCCCGGCUGUAUCGGCCUCUACUGCUGCAGUAUCUAUUGCGCAUCUCCACUCUCCAGUCGCUUCCCCGCAGAAAGAACGCAUGCCCAUCGCGAUCUAAACGACCUUUCUAACCGCCCGCCGCCGCCGCCGCCGCUUAAGCUCGGAUUAUCCUCAACCUCAGCCUUUUGCGCCAACAACCCCUACAUCCUCACCGACGAUCCACGCGCGACCUCUCCUCGCGAAGCACCUGCACGAACCUCUCCUCCUUCCCGCCGACAACUACACCAUGGAUCUCGCCAACACCCUUAUCCGGAGCGUGGUCCGCGCCUUCUACGAGACCCGCCACAUCCUCGUCGUCGAUGCGCUCUUUAUCCACUCGGUUCUCCACGCAGAAGACCUCGCUUUCCUGUUGGGCAUGCAGCAGAAAGAUCUCCGCAAGCUAUGCGCCAAGUUGCGCGAGGACCGCCUGAUUUCAGUGAGCACACGGGCGGAAAUCCGCGACGGAUCGACGAGGCCGGUGAACCGGGAAUACUACUACAUCCCGCUGCACCCGGUGGUGGACGCGAUCAAGUACAGGGUGUCGAAGCUGACGGCGACGAUCAAGGCGCAGUACACGCCGUCGGAGGAGCGGAAGGAGUACGUGUGCGUGCGGUGCGGGGCGGAGUGGACGGAGCUGGACGUGCUGAGCCUGUACUCGGAGGAAGGGUUUGAGUGCCAGAAUUGCGGGGCGAUCCUGGAGCGCAGCGAGGACGUGAAGGGCAGCGAGGGGAUCGACCGGACGGGCCACGAGAAGAACAGCAAGCUGAUGAACCAGCUGGAGCCGAUGCUGAAGCUGCUGAAGCAGAUCGACUCGGUGGAGGUGCCGCCCAACGACUUCGACACCGCCUGGGACCACAAGGUCGACGUCGUGCGCAACCAGCAGAUCAACCCCACGCGCGCCGCCGUCGUCGUCCCCUCCAAGCUCCACCCGGAGUCCGUCCGCGGCAACACCAAGACCGACACCGCCGCCCUCGAGAUCUCCCUCACUUCCUCCGAGGAGAAGAGCGCCGCCGAGCAGGCCGCAGAGGCCGCCCGCAAGGCCGCCGUCGAGAAGCAGAACGCCCUCCCCGUCUGGCACACCCACUCCACCGUCUCCACCGCCGCCGGCAACCUGCCGUCGGCCCGGGGCGGUCCGCUGAUCAAGUCCGAGGAAGACGUCAAACCCUUCAUCAAGGACGAGGACGCCGAUGGCGACCGCAAAUCCGACCUCGAUGGCCUCGACGACAAGGUCGCCGCCUACUACGCCGAGAUGGAGCGCGAGAAGGCCCUCCAAGCCCAGCAAGAUGCCAGCAGUGCCGACGAUGACGAUGACGAUGACGACGACGACGAUGAGUUCGACGAGGAAUUCGAAGACGUCGGAGGCGUAUCCGCAAGCGAUACAGCCGCCGCCUCCUCGCCAGCCUUGAGCGGUAGCGGCGCAGGUGCCAGUUUCCCCGCCGGGGGCCCCACGAGCGCGCCCAUGAACUCCAAUACAACGACAACGAUAUCACAAGGAAUCAAGCGUGAGCUCGACACCGACUCAAGCUUCGCCAGUACCACUCAGACAACCACAGUGGCUUCGCCGGCCACGGAUGACGGCGGCGGCGUCGGUGGCCCCGCAGCUAAGAAGAUCAAGACCGAGCCCGAGAUCAAGAAAGAGGAAUCCGACGAGGACGAGGACGACGAGGAGUUUGAGGAUGUGUGAUCGAUUUUUCUGGCCGUUUCUUGAGUGGUUUCGCUGGUGGUGGUGGUCGUGGUUGAGGUUGUGUUGGUCUUUUCUUCGUUGCUUGUAGACUUCGAUUCACUACCAGGUCUAUGCUUAAUUCUUUCCGCCGCGGGUGCUGGCGCCCGCCGGUUAUGGAACAGAAAGAACAAACAAAGAGAAUUCGAUUGGAGGGGGG